AAGUGAACUGUUGAAGCCAUGGAUAUUUACGAUUUAUUUUCAAAGUUUGAACUUGAUCUUUUACCACGAGACUGGGUUCAAAAUCUGUGGAAAGAUGAUUUUUCUGAAGCUGUGGAAUUUCCUACAGAGUACGAAAUGUUUUUGGAAAACACAGACAUCAGUGAACUCAUGACUACUGCCAGUAGUUAUAUUAGAGAGUGGCUGGAAUCAGCAGACAGCAGUUCUAACGCCAGCAGAAUGUCUGUGUCUGACAACAGAUCUAGUAUGAACUCAAGCGUGGUGGACUCCAAUUCCUGGCAGAAUCUCAUAUCGAACAAUGUGCAACACAAAGCUCUAGUCGCGAUGUUGAGCAUUUUCGUCCUAAGGGGAAAGACGGAGAAGAAGCAGUUUGAAGUCAAGCGACUCGGGCUGAUAGCAACAGAUUUCUACCUUAUGUUGCUAGCAAUUCCUGGUAGUCAAGUGUUCCACAUAUUCAAUCCAAUUUUGUACUCGCAUGCUGUAGAAAAUUUGAAAAUCUGUAGCGUACUGACUGGAUCAUCAGGGAGUUCAAAACCAGCACCUAAGAAGCGUAGAGGAAAGCACCAGGACGAUGACGAUUGUGAAGAUGAUGAAGAAGUACACAAUGAUUCUGAUGACGAGGGUGAGCUGGUACCCUCGGACAGAGCUAAGGUUGUUAAACUGUUAAACAAUGUUUUAACUGACUUAUCGUUUACACUAAAAAGGUUUCAGCUGAAAGGUCAGGAUGACUCUUUACUCAUCACUAUUCAGAUUUUGAUUCUCAUCACUAGGCUAGAACGCAACUCGUCAUCAAUAUUCUCUAAAUCACCACCUCAUAAUAGUCCCUCGUACCUUGCUUACAAAGCGUAUAAGAUUCUGAUGGACUUGGGUUGUCCAGAGCACGGAGAUGUGGAAGACACUGUAAGGUUUAUCAUGAGGGAGAUGAUGUCUGGUUUCCUCAUCUUUGAUCAGAAAGGGCUAAAGUUAACACCUAAAGAAGCUCUUGUCAUCAAAGAUCACUCGAUAAAUUUUGUGCGCAACUUGCUGAUUUACCUCAAAGAUUCUGCGUUCAACGGAGUGUACACACUAAUACAACACAUCAUAGUGAGGAUACCUGACAAGGCAGAUUUGAGAAUCAAAGGAGUGCAAGUGGUUAUAGAGCUCCUGGAUGUCUUCCCGCAUUCUUUGUACUCCAAAACAGUAGUUUGGGUGAUGAGUGUGUGCCACAGUGAACAAGCAAAGUACAGGAUAACUGGGUUAGAAAUUGUCACUAAACUUUUAUAUGGGAAUGAAAGAACCCCUAGUUCACCUUUAAGGCCUUUCACCCCGUCUAAACGAAGUUCGAACAAAAGAAACGGAUCUGCAGAUGAUGAAGGUGAAGAAGAAGAGGAAGAAAAUAAUAUUUUAACACAACAACCUGAUUUUUCUACCACGAAAUACUUGUUAGGAACAAUUUUUUCAAGAUUCAGAGAUACUUCAUCGACCGUUAAAGCUAAAGCUUUAGCAAUUGUGGCUAAUCUCAUUUCGUCCAAUAAUAGAAAUAUGAAGCAUGAAAUGGAAUCAAUUUUUGUCACUCCUUACUUACACGCUGACAACAUUGAAAAUAGCAACGUGUAUGAGAAGAAUUUCUUUGAUUUUGUACACUUUUUGAAGAAUUUGAAGAAAGAAACAAAUCCAAAUGUGGACCCUUUACCAGGGGCUAAGGCAAUUAUUGAUCUCCUUGAAAUAUUUGUUGAAGAUGAGAAAGUCUUUGUUCGAAAAUCUGCUCUUCAAGUUUUGGCAAAUAUAUUCCUUAUGAAUGAAAAAUGGAUGAGCAAAAAACUUUUACAGGUGAUGGUGGAUAACUGCCGAGACAUGUCCGUGUCGGUGCGCAAGCUGCUGGUCCAGUGCCUCACUGAUCUAUUGAUACAUUACCCGAGUCAUGCCGAGCUGCCCAAGUACUGGGUCAUGGGAGUUCUCCCGCUGUUGGCCGACCAGGAGAUCAAGUCCCAGGAGAAGGUUCUCGAGGCCCUGCAGACCACAAUCCUGGACAACUUAGUGGCACACCAUCAGAUGAAGACUCCACUCCAUGCCUUGCCCUGGCUGCUGCUUGGCCUCAUCGCUGACCACAAUAAGAGGAAACUCUUCUUGUUUGCCUGUCACAAGUGGACCUUGACAAAUUCACUAAGGCAAAGCCUUAUAACAAUAAUCAAGACACACAUUGGAACGGAGAAUAACGUUGCUGCUUGGUUCUUGCUCAGUUCCUUCUCCGAGUACUUGGACAUCAAGGACCCUGAGUUCGUAAUGGACUAUUUCUACGAGAACGUAUUAAACUCACAGCAGGUGGAUGAAUACUGCUGUCAGCUGGUAACAGAGACGAUGCACCUGAGCUGGCGUCAGUUGAACGCACUCCAGCAGGUGACGCUGUGUGACAAUCUGCUGCGACAUCUGUCACAGUUCACAGUGCCACUGCCCUUGAUUGGUCGCUGUAUGGACAUCUGUCAGCUCAUCACAGAGACCCAUGCCGACUCCCCCGAGCAGGCCAGGGAUCGCAUCAUUGAGUGGGCGGGCAACCUCAUCUCGAUAUGCGAGUCCCGCCUGGAGAAGGUGAUCGGAGCUGACAGCCCAACAGUUGUGGAAGAUGAGCAAAGGCUGUGUGUCAAGAAGCGGUGGAAGGGCUCGGUGAGUGCGGCGGUGCAGGCGGUCGCAGUGAUCAGCCUGGGAAAACUGUGCCUGCAGAAGGAACACACGGCCAAGGUGUUAGUGCCUCUGUUCGGCAGCCUGCUCAGUGAGACCCCACAUACAGAGAUCAAAGUGAAUGCCAUGAUAGCGCUUACAGAUAUGUGCAUCAAGUUCACCUCUCUCGUGGAGAACCAUCUGCCUGAAAUGUGUAUCUGCCUGCGGGACCAGGACCUGCAAGUUAGAGAGAACACGUUGACGCUGAUGAUACAACUGAUACAGGAGGAUUACCUCAAGUUGCGAUGUCCGAUGUUCUUCCACAUCCUGACCACACUGGGCGAUGAGGAGCAACUCAUCCGAGACAUGACAUCGUCCUUCAUCAUCAACUCGCUGCUGGUCAAACAGAAGAAUGUGCUGGUGCAGCACUUUGUGGAAAGCCUCUUCCACUACAACGCCUAUCUGGGUCACUCUACGUAUUCGAAGGGCAGGCUGAUGGGGUCUCGGGAGCGAGCAGUGUUCUCCCUGGAGGGUCAGGAGAAGCAGGAGCAACGCAGGUACAUCUACCGGUUCAUGCUGGAGAACAUGAUGGAUGACCAUCGCUUCAAGGUCACCUAUCGGCUCUGCACCGAUAUACUGGCUGGAGUGGCCGAGGGAGACAUAACGCUCUCUGCCAGUGGUACCACACUGCUGCAGGACGCCCUGUACGUCUUGUCCUGUGAUGAGAUCCGUUUGUCACAGCUGCGCCCGAGCAGCAAGGACCAUGACGACGAUGAUGAUGGUGGCGGUGGAGGUGAAAUGGCUCAGGUGGCCACAGCCAUCAACGAUCUGGCUCGCAAGACUUUAGUUUCUCAGGUUGUGAAAAAGAACGUGAUAGAGAACAUAGUUCCGAUCUUCAUAAAGCUGAAGCACAAACUGAAGCAGCUCAAAUCACCUUUAGUACGAGACCUGAUGGCUUGUCUGCGAGAGCUGAUGAAGGACUACAAGACCGAGAUAAAUGAAAUACUAGCAGCUGACAAAGAGCUUGCCGCUGAAAUUUCGCACGAUCUGCAAAACAAAGGUGAAGACGAGGAGGAAGAUAGUGGAGAUGACAGCAGAGGAGAAAUAGUGAACGGUUCUGUCAACGAUGUGCUGAAGAAAGCGGUUAUGGAGGUUGUUGCUCUGACGGAAGUCAGGAAAAGUCUGAACCUGUCGAAGGGUGGUGCGACUCCUCGGGCAAACAGGUCCAAGCGCUUGUCUUCAUCGCCAGGAGCCGCGCAGUCGCCCGAGAACUCACCGGCACCUAACAAAUCCAACCUGGCGUCUCCGGGCUCCAACAAAUCCUCACCCGGUAACGUGUCUGCGGCGGAGACACUCAAAAACGGGAAACACACGUCUCCGUCCAGCAGUUCCGCCAAGAGCGACACAUCUUGCACUCAGAGUGAGCCUGUAGAGGAGAGAAAACCGCAGCCGAAACCGAGGAAAAGCAGAGCGUCAGUAAGUUCCAGUAGUAAUAGUGAAGCAAGUUCUCAGUCUAGUAAAAAAUCAAGUAGGAAAAAGAAGAAGAAGUGAAAGUGAACAAAUGGCCGCACAGACGUUAUAAUUAAGUCAAAAGUUCUUAUAGUUUUAUGUAAAAAAUGUAAAUACAUAUUUGUUUUCUUAUCUUUAAUGAGUCUUACAUGUUAAAGUUGUUAAUUAUGUAGGCUGUAAUUAAUUAUAUGUAAUGAAAUUAA